GUGCUAACAGUUUUUCUUGGCCAGUUUCAUUUCCUUGCCAUGGCACCUUCGGCACCUUCGGCACGUUCGGCACCUUCGGCGCGUUCGGCACGGGCUCUGCCUCUGCUGGUUGGCUUCGCUGCUUGCACUGCUUGCGGCUUUGUGAUUCCACGGCCGCCGGUGUCAACAUGGGCGCCGCACAGAGCCCGGGUGAGUGGAUCAAGGGACGCUCCAGGGACUCCAGUUUCACGACAGUCCUUUAUUGCAGGUAGUCAGCUUCUUCUGCCCUUCGCAGCCUCCAUCGUUACUGGACUUCUGGGCGUUGAAGCCGUGAAGCAGCUGAACGAGGGAUCUGCGCUGAAGGAUUUGAUCAAAAAGUAUACCAACAUCACAGUGGUGGAUGCGCCAGAUGGCAUGCCAGCAAAUCCACCGACUGAUGGCGUGUACUGGUACAUCAAAGACCCAGAUGUGUAUCGUCGAGUUCUUGUGCAAGGGGACUUGGGGCUUGGUGAAAGUUACAUGGACGGACAAUGGGAGUCCAAUGACCUUGAAGCUUUUGUCUUUGAGAUGUUGAAACUGGAAGGGGUGAAGAAGGAUCUUGGACUGCUGGGUUUGCCGCUGUUGAGCAGUGCCAUUGUUGGCAGUGUAAGCUGGCUGCUGUUCCCAACGAACCUCUCGGCAUCAGGUGCCAAGCAAAACAUCGCCAAGCACUACGACAUUUCCAUGAAGUUGUAUGAGCAGAUGUUGGGACCCACCAUGCAGUACUCUGGUGCCUACUAUCAUGCUCCCGACAUGACCCUGGAACAAGCGCAAAUCGCCAAGAUGCGGCUGGUCGCAGAGAAGUUGGAUCUCAAGCCAGGGAUGAAGGUCUUGGAGUUGGGCUGCGGCUUCGGUGCCCUGGCAGAUCUCAUGGCCACGGAGUAUGGUGUGGAGGUGACUGGAGUCACACUCUCCGAGGACCAACACACAUACGCCAAGAAGCACUUCAAGAAUCCACUGGUGGACAUCCGCCUGCAGGACUAUCGGAGUAUGACCGGCCAGAAAUUCGAUCGCAUCUACUCUGUUGGGAUCUUUGAGCACAUUGGCCGGAACUGCUACGAGACAUACUUCGAGAAAUGCCAAGAACUGCUGAAGGAUGAUGGCAUCAUGGUGAUUCACAGCAUUGGCUUCUGCAGAAGUGGUCAAUGGAAUCAUGGCGGCUGGAUGAACAGCUACAUUUUUCCUGGGGCUGAACUGCCCACCAUGUCACACUUCACUCAAAAUUUCCAGGAGAAAUGGCAUUUGGAAGAUUGGCAGAGUUUCGGCGUGAGCUAUGCCAAGACCCUGCGAGCAUGGAAAGACAACCUGAACAACUGGAAGGGACUGGAGGAGUUUGAUGAGCGCUUUCGCCGGAUGUGGGAGUACUAUUUGAUGUGCUGCGCUGCUUCCUUCCAAGCACGACGCACAAAACUUUGGCAGCUUGUUUACACCAAGUACCCCUCUAAGAGGCAGGAUGACUGCCACCACAUUCGGCAACCCCUGCCACGAGCUGAAGCCGCCACUGCCACGCGCUGGAACCGGGAAAUUACCUGAAACAUGGGAGCAGAUGUAGUGAAACUCAGCGUGAAACAAUGCCGAGUUUAUGGCCAAAUGCCUGUUUGAUCAGUUAAAGGCCGAAGGGCCGUUAUAAGGACAGAACAAAGUUCCUGUUCUGAUCUAGAGCUACACAGCCUAUGUGGGCCGUCGUGGGAAAAAAAUUGGCUUCGACCUACUUGCCC